AAUCGAUACUUGUAAAUGGAAAGGGCGAUCGCGGAAUAUUAUUCAUUUAUGUUUAAAACAAUGAAUUCCUUGGACAACAAGUAAAUCGAAAUAAGCACAGCGUACCACGUGCAACCCGCUCACAAACAUUCCGUGGGCCGGUUGGAACGGUUCAAUAGUAAGUAAUACAAGUAAUACACUGGUGACAAUAAUCAUUGUGGCAUGGCGGAGACUCACUCGAAGGGUGCUUACAACUACAAGACAUUGCUAUGCACAAAUAUACCCGAACUGUUUCUCGACAAGUUUGUGGCGCGAUCGCAUUUUGGUCGCUUUGGCAGUUUGGUGAAUUUUGUGCUGCGUCCGCGCCGCAUGACCUGCACGGUUAGCUAUGCCAGCGAAUCGGAGGCAGAAGUGGCGCUGCGCGAGGGCAGCGUCUAUAACGGGCAUAAAUUCGAAAUGUGCUAUGCGGAAAUGGAGAGUUCGCCGGCACAGAAGACCGAGGAAUGGGUCGAUCCCGAUGUGCAGGCCGAACUUAGUGCAUUGAGCGGCGCCUGGCGCAACGAAUAUCCAAUCGGAAACAAGGCCAUCGGCAACGCAACAAAAUCAGCAGUCAGCAGAGCUAGUGCAGCAGCAGCCGCAGCAGCAGCAACGCCACUCGGCAAUGGAGAGCGGGAAAAGGCAGGAGAACGGGAACGAGAACGAGAACGGGAAAGGGAAAGGCAUCGUGAGCCGGCUCAACACAAGCAAGCCAGACAGGAACUGGAGGCAGUGAUGCGCAAGCCGGCGCACACCAGCGAGGAGAAAUAUCGCAUUCUCGAUGCCCGCGACAAAUUGUUGCGCCUGAAUCAGCGACGCGGCACAUCGGCAACGGAUGCCCAGCGUCGAUUGCAGGGCCACUGCCCGGACAUGUGCCCCGAAAAGGAGCGGGUGCUUCGCGAAUUUCAGCGCCAGGUGGCCGUCUACGAGCUGCAGCCAAACUCCGAUGAGCUAAUAUCACACGAACUGGCACUUAAACAAUAUUCGCGCAGCAGCGCCGAUCAGGAGACGCCGUUGCCGCACGAGCUGCGCGCCGAGCCGGCGCUGCACAUGACCAUGAGCUAUCUAAUGCACGAGAUAAUGGAUAUCAGUGAGCGACAGGAUACGCAUUUGGGCGAUUGGUUUCAUUUUGUUUGGGAUCGCACACGAUCCAUACGCAAGGAGAUUACACAGCAGGAGCUGUGCUCGCUGGACGCCGUCAAGCUGGUGGAGCAGUGUGCACGCUUUCACAUCCAUUGUGCGGCACGCCUGGUGGCCGAGGAUCCCAGCGUCUUCGAUACGAAAAUCAAUGCCGAGAAUCUAACGAAAUGCUUGCAAACGCUCAAGUACAUGUAUCAUGAUCUGCGACUCAAAGGCGUCCAAUGUCCACGUGAAGCCGAAUUUCGUGGCUAUAUUGUGCUGCUCAAUCUGGCGGAUGCGAACUUUCUCUGGGACAUUGGCCAGCUGCCGGUCGACCUGCAGAAUUGUCCGCAAAUCCGACGUGCCAUUCAAUUCUAUUUGGCACUGCACGAUACAAAUUUUGUGCGCUUCUUUCAGCUGCUGCGAGAACCGGAGACCAGCUACUUGAGUGCCUGCAUCCUGAUCACAUACUUUCUGCGCCUGCGCAUUCUCGCCCUGCAUCGACUCGUCCAGGCCUAUCGGGCGCCACGCAAAUAUGAAUUCUCCUCGCUGCCAGUCAGCUAUAUACGCCAAAUGCUGCUCUUCCCCACUGACGCCGAGGCAGCCGAAUUUGCCGGCUGCUGCGGUCUCAAUGUCAACCAAAUGGAUCGUGUCGAACUCACUCGCAUCCACUCGCCGGAGCAUUACAAGCUGCGCAGACAGAUCGAGCUGGUGGAAUCGAAGCGUCAGCAGAGCGUUGGCGAAUGCAUCUGCGGGGAACCGCUGCCGCCGAAAGCUCUGUACUUAAAUCAUCGGCCGCACAACAGCUUCAAUGAGCAGGGCUAUCUGAAGAGCAGCGCCUGGACUGCCCGGGAUCAGUUGGACAAUGGCGGCACACUGGAGGCGGAGGAGCAGGAGCAGGCGGACAAUGAUAAAGCAACAAUAAACGGUGCAAACAUGGACAAAGAAUCGUCUAAGCUAAUAGCAACACAGCAGCCAAUCGCACAAAUUGAUAAUCUGUUCAAGGUGCCGCUACUCUCGGCGCCAAUUUCGCCCAGGAACAAGGCAACGACACCGCCGCCACCGAUGCAACCGAUUUUGCAGCAGCCACCACAGCUGCAGUUGCAGCCAGCGCAGAUGAGCAGGCCUGGUUUCAGUUUUGGGCUGGCUGCACCGAGCAGCGCUGGUUUCGGGGCAAAGGCCGGCCCGCAGAGUUUCGGCAUUGGCCCAGCCAAGACGAUGCCCGCAAAUACGGCCGCUGUGGCAGACCAAUUGCGUCAGCAAAAGGCCGCCGAUGAUGCCAAACUGGCAACAUUGCAGCAAGCAAUAGCGGCGGCUAAGCAGCGCGAACUGGAGCUGGUUGAGCUGCAAAAGGCAAAGGCGGCACAGGCGGAACGUGGUCGCCAGGAGCGUCAGCUUAAGCAGCGGCUGGCCAAAGAGGAGCAAAUGCGCGAGCAGCUGGCCAGGGAGGAGCAGGCGCGUCAGCAACAGGCAGCCGCAGCAGCAGCAGAGGCCGCAGCGGCUGCAGCCGCAGCUGAGGCACAACGCCAGCGACUAAAGCGUCGCCAGCUGCAGCUGGAGGAGCGAAGCCAACAGUUGCUGUGCGAACACAUCGAUCAGCAGGUGGAGCGCCUGUGCCGACAGGAAUGGCAACUGCACAAGAACACAAUGGAUCUCUAUCAAACGCUGGUGGACCAGCAAAUCGCUGCGCUUGCCGAGGAGCAAGUGAUGCGCGCCAAUUACGAGCUGGGACUGAUGCGUCACUAUUGGCGACGCUGGCGCAGCUAUCGACAUGUCCAGCAGCACAAGGAUGCCCUCUUUGCGUGUCUGCCACUCAGCUUUUCUGCCGUGCUGCCGGAACAACUGAUGGAUGCCAGAGAAUUGGAGCAGCCGUUGCGUCUGAUGCGUCGCUAUCGUCAGGGCGAAUCGUGCGACUUUAGCCGACUGCUGGCGGGCAUGGACGAUCACUGCUCCCUCAAACUGGAUCUGUGGGAGCUAUUGGCGCGCACACUGCAACAGCAGCAAUGCCAGCAGCAAUUGAUGCCAGCUGCGCGUCACUAUUUCAAGCUGCUGCUAUCGCUGCCCGAGGGCAGCUUUGGCCUCGUCGUCGAGCAUGCCCUGGAUCACGGUCUGCUGCGUCAGUCGGCGCAAAGCGAUGCCCAAGCAUCCGCCAACAGCGAGUGCUAUAUGCAUGGACUCGCCAACGGUGUGGCGCUCUGCGUCCACAAACUGAAGGGGAUGCCAAAGCAGCAGCAGCUGCAGCAGCUGGCUGAUGCCGAUGGCAUCAUUUUCUUUGUGGAUGCCAAACAGAUGGAGGAGGCACGGCAAAGAUUGCACCAUUUAUGCAGCAAUAGUGGCUGCGGUUACGUGGCACUCAUUGUCCAGCAGCAGGAGGAGAUGACGCAGCACCAUCAGCUGGCGAAGCAAUUGCACUUGGACACUUUAAGAUCCUAUCGCAUCUACAAUACCCGAACUGUGGCGCGUGGCAAACAGAAGCUGCAAUUGGUUGCGCUGCUGCAAUGCGGCGUUCAGUUUUUGGCCAAGCAGCGGCAUCGCAGUCGCGGCAUGCUGCAACAAAUGCCGUUGCACGAAUGGCUGUUGCAUCAUUUGAGCGACGAGCUCUUUUGCCGGCUGCGUUAUGCAUGCCAACAGGAUGCGGCAUUUGGACGCAACUGUUCGCAGUCACCGCAGUUCUGCGCCCAGUUGUACAAUGAGGCAGUGCGUCGCCUGCAGCUGGUGGCAAGCGAGCGGCUAGAUAAGCUACCGCAGCUGCCGCAAGAGUUGCGCUGCUAUGUGGAGCCAAUGACAACAGCAUCGGCCGGUCUGCCCAAUCGACUCGAGUACUUUAUCGACGGCUGGCAGUCGCCGGAGAAACGCGAACAGAUUGUCCAGCUGCUGGAGCAGGCGAAGUUGCCGCAAAUGUUGCCACUGCCGCCGCAGCAGCAGCAUCAUCAAGUUUGCGAAUGGCUCCUCAACUAUGCCCAGCUGAGUGCUGAGGAGACACACGUCGAGACGCUGGCAUUGAGUGCCAUACAAACGUUGGAGCUGCAGUUGCACGCGGGCAACGUGAACUGUCUGGACAUUGUGGAGAUCUUUGCCAGGGAACGGUUGCUCUUCGUGCUGCGUCGCAACCAAUCUGGCCUGCCAUCUGCCAUUGUCUACAAGCGCGAAACCAUGCAGAGCUCCUUUCAUAAUCACUGGUACUACGACCACCAGCCAGAAGAUGCGUCAACAGCAACAGAACACGAACAGCAGCAGCAGCAGCAUCAGGAUCAGGAGCUGGAUCAAGCGACACCAACGGAACAAUACAUAUUUGAGGAGGUGCUGGAUCAGGCACAGAGCGCGCUUGACAAGUACCAGGAGCAGCGCAUCGAGCGCAAAACCUUAACCGUUUUAAAUCAGCCACUGGACCAACUGGACAAAGCGGAGCGGGCAAUGGACCGCUUAGAUCGUGAUUAUAUCGCGACGCACAGCACAGCAGAUUAUCAGCGAGAUCAAUACCAACUAGCUGAGAAUCGACCAACGAAGCCGUCCAUUAAGCGACAACGCCUCAGUUCAGCCGCUGAUGAUUCCAUUGCGACCUUGGAUCGCACCGAGCGGCUUCUAAAUGAGAGCCAAACGAGCGAACAGCGACGCCGUCAAGUUCUGCAACGUGCCAAGAAAUAUUUAUAACCACUGCCGCAUUUCCUAUUCUGUAAUACAUGUUUUCAAUUUAUAAUAAAUGUUGUAAUACGUUUGAAUGUGUCCAUAUUGCAAA